CAAAUGUGCAUAACACAAACAUUGCAGAAAAUCGAGGCUGAAAAGAGGCAAUAUUACACAUUUAUUCAGACUGACAAGCCAAUUUAUAAACCUGGAGAUACAGUCAGGUUUAGAGUUGUUGUUGUCGAUCGAGAUUUGAGGCCGUACCACAUGAACAACAUUAACAUCAAUGUGACUGACUCACUUAACCGUCCGUUAAAAGAGUUUAAUGAUCUUGGAGGUGACUUUUUAGGAGUUUUUACAGAACGCUUCAUUUUAGAUGAAAAUACACCACUUGGCAUCUGGAAGAUUCGUGUGAUCAUCGACAGGAUCGAGCAAUGGGAAACUUUUAAGGAAUUUGCAGUCGCCAAGAAGACAUUGCCUCCAUUUGCUGUCCAUAUUGAUGUUCAGGCAAAUCAUUUAUUAACACAUUCUUAUCUCCGAUUCUAUGCUAAAUAUUCAUUUAACGAAUAUGUUCAUGGAAAUGCACAGCUUACAAUCACAUGCACUACAAAUAAUGACGUUGUCAUAUCCGAGACUAUUGAUAACGUCAGUGGCACGCAUAAUGUCAAAUAUAUGGCAUAUAGUGACUUGAAAGCUGAUACGAAAGAAAAGCUUAGCUAUAAAGCUACAGUUGUCUUUACAGAAGCUGGAACUAGAACUAGAGCCAAUAAAACUAUCGACUUUACAGUCCAUGGCAAUAAUAAGCCAAAAAUUAGAGCAAAUUUCCCAGAUAAAUUUAUGCCUGGACUUCCACUUGGAGUAAAAGUUUUUGUUUACGACUGGAAGGAUUCGCUUAUUGAAAAGACAUACGAAAAGGUCAAGGCAGUCAUAAAAUACAGCAUUGCUCAUGAGAAGAACGCUACGUACUAUAUUGAUGGUGCCAUAAAAAAUGGCGUGGCUGUAAUCAACUAUUUAGUGCCAGAAAAAACUAUUCAGCUGUCAGUUAAAGUUGAGUACCUUGAAGUUACUCUUGAGAAGAAUAUUGAGAUAGGUGAUGUGGUUGUUGGAGUUAAGAAUAUUACUUUGGAUUAUCUACCUAAAAAUCCAAAUUAUGGCGACGUUGUGACUGUUCAUGUCUUAACAGAUGCAGAUGUCAAUCAGCUUAUUGGCAUUGUAAUGUCAAGGCAUGGAAACAUUGAGAGUCAUCAAGUUUAUUGCUUAUAUCGUCUUCAUUGCAGUUUUGAUAUUACAAUCACUAAAGACAUGAUGCCGCAAGCUAAAGUUGUGGUUUAUUAUGUAAAUAAUAUGACAAGCAUUUCACAGGGCGAGGUCACCAUUACAACUUAUGAAUUGGGUAGAAACACUCUCGAUAUAGACCUGCCAAAAACAGCUAAAAUGAAACAGCGAGUAGAUUUGAAUAUCACAACAAAGCCAAAUUCAACGGCUUAUAUACUCGGAUAUGACGAACGAUUGACAUAUUUGUUUGAAGGCAAUGAAAUUGAAAAGCAGGAUGUGAUCAAAGAGCUUGUCAAUUAUGACGGAAAUAACAUAGUCACAGUAUUUCAUAUUAAAAAGCUAAGUUGGCAUAAGUGCACAAACGAGGAGCUUAGACGUAUUAAUACAGGAAGACAACUUGUUGUUGGUCAUGGCGGUGGUCAAACUACUGCCAAUACAAAUGAUGAGGAAGAUGAAAUGAAUAGAGAAAUGGACAGUGUACGCAAUCCAGAAAUGCCAACUAAACCCAAUUCUGAUGAUAUCCGUGAAGAUUUUCGUGAAGUUUUCAUUUAUGACAUGUUUGAAGUUCCAAAUGGAAAUUUAAUUAAAUCUUAUUAUGCUCCCGACUCGACCACUUCCUGGAUCAUCUCAUCAUUCUCAAUGAAUGUAGAGGAUGGAUUAGCAAUUGGACCAAGAAAGAAGCUUAUCGUUAAAAGUCAAUUCUUUAUCCGGAUGAACUUGCCAUUCGUGAUUCGAUUUAAGGAGAAACUUAAAGUUGAUGUUAUGAUUCAUAAUUAUCUUGGCAUCAAUGAGACACUAGACGUAAAUGUCGAUAUGUACGAUCAUGAUGGACAUAAUAGAUUUAAAUUUUUUGAAACUGCAUGUAGCACAACAGCGAGUACAGUUAAGAAAAUGACAAAAACUGUUGGGGUUCCAUAUGAUGAGCCAAAGAUAGUCUCAUUCUACAUUCAAUCUGGUACAAAUGAAACCUAUAUUUAUCAGGAAUUCAAGAUCAGAGUUGAUGCUUCAGCAACAUCUAGUCGUGGUGAUACAUACAGCGAUGGAGUUUUAAAGAAACUUAAAGUAGAGCCUGUUGGAAUAAAAAUUUACAGUUAUGAAAAUAAAAAGUUCAAUGUAAAGCCAUCACAAGUACCACAUGUAGACAGGAUGCAAAAGGAAGUCACAAAGUCUGAUGAAUAUUCUAGAUUUUUUGUCAACAUUGCUGGAGACUUCAUGACUGAUGAAAUGGCAAAUGUUAAUUGGAGAUUUGAAAUUAAUGCUGAUCAUUGUCUCGAACAGAGGACAUCUCGAAUUAAGGGAAACGUAGAACAAUUCCGAUACUUGAAGUCAAAGAAUGCCAAUCCAUUGACAACUCAUUUUAGUUCUUAUUAUCAAUCAACAAUGGUGGAAAGAGUAAAUAAUUGGAAUUACGCAACGUCAUCAGGCUUCCGAGCAUACUUCAUUGAAGCAAUCGCAUCAGCUAUGGAAAUUGAAGCAAUACCAAAAAACGAAUUAAUUAUCGAACAAGAACUAGACUUGUUGAAAAAUCGGCAAAACUCGAAUGGAUUUUUUAAUAAUUUUGGAAGUAUCCCAAGCAGUCGUAACUUAUACUUCCAGACUGCCUACAUUUUAAUACCAUUCUUGAAGUUACGAAGAUUUGUCAAUAAGAACUAUGAUGAAGUCAUUACCAAUGGCUUUAACUACCUUAAUAACAUGACAAACAUCUCAACAUCUGACACUGAAGCAUUUUCAGUAGCUGCUUAUGCUUAUGCCUUAAAUGGAAACGAUAAAAUGGCUAAACAACUUCUUACUUAUGCUGAAAAAAACUCCAGAAAUGUGACGAAUCAAAACACUUGUUUAACAAUUUCAAAAACCAAUCACAAGUGUGACACAAGACACACAUCAUAUGCUGUAAUUGCUUAUGUGAUUUUAAACAUGCCCGAUAAAGCUAAAUCACAUUUUCGUUACAUUUAUGAUGAAUACAAAAUGAAUCAAGUUCUAUCAAAUACAUACUUCUAUGCUGUAUGUGCGGAAGCAAUUUCAAGAUAUUUAAUUGCGAAGCCAGUCAAAAAGUCAACUGACUUUACAGUCACACUGACGAAUGAAGAUAAUUUCAAAAAAAUUGUUCACAUUACAAAAGAAAAUCAGGCAAAUGAAAUUGAAGUGGCUUUUCCAGACUACACAUUAAAGGCAGAUAUAAAAAUUCAAGGAAGUGGAUUUUGUUUAAUCACAAAAAUUGUUGAAAGAACAGUUGUUCUUGAUCAAAGCAGCUCUAAGUUCACAAUGUCAAUUUUGACACAGAAUGGGACAAGGACGAAUGAAAAAAAAUUGAAAGUUUGUGCCAUUUAUCAUCCAAGUGAGGAAGAUCCAAGCUCCUUUAUCCUUACCAGUGUUAUUUAUGAUGUUGAAAUGGUUAGUGGAUAUAAAUUUAAAGAGCUUACUAAUCGAUUGGACAUCCAUGAAAUAAAGAUGGUUCAUCCAAGACUUUACGGACAAAGAGUUCAGAUUUAUUUUGAUGACUUUAUGAGUUCCAAAAACUAUUGUGUUGAUAUUGAAGUAACUAAGCUAUUUGAUAUACAUGACGUGCAGAAAGCUGGUGUGAAAAUUUAUGACUUUUAUGAGAAAAAAAAUACGGCUGUAGCUUUCUACAAUUUCGAUAAUUCCUGCUAAUUUAUCUCUCAUUUCUCGGUUUUGCUUGAUUUUGAUGGAAAAUGUCAAUAAAUUGAUUAUUUUUAAAAAUUAUAAAUGUAAAGUCAAGUGGAGUCACUCCACCGUAUUGAAUUUUUAUAAAUAAAGGAUCAUUCAAUAAUGAUGUCCAAUAUUUAGGGGGGGAGGGGAUCCAAAAAUUUGUGACAGGGGAGGGAGGGGAGUCAGGAAGUUUGUGACACCCAAGGGGCUGUUCACUUAUUACGUAACGCGGAAAAAUGACUUUUUUGAACCGUAACAAAAUCUUAGACCCCCUCCCCCCUAAAAGCGUUACGUA